UUAAUACUAUGUUUUUAUUCUUUAAGUAAAUAUAAUGUAUGACACGUUGCGACGAACCUAAUUAGUUUACAUUCACAUACAUUCACGUACAUGGUCCGAUUGGCAUACGUCGAUGCCCACCAAGAUUCGAUUCAACGAAACAUGGAUUUUUUCAAAUAUUGGAUUUUCUUUUGCCAAGUCAUCUCGUAUAACGUGAUUGAUUAAUCAGAUGAAAGUAUAAAUGGUUUUGGCAGAGUAAUUUUGGCGCUAAUUUCUUUUUACUUUAUGCCUACCAAUUAUAUUAUUGCAUCAUGGUGUUAUGUGGUCAGUUCAUUACUGGAUGCGAUAGAUGGCCAUGCGGCAAGAUAUUACAACCAAAGCACAAAAUUUGGUGCAAUCUUGGAUCAGCUGACGGAUAGAGUUGGCACAAUGUGCCUUAUGGUUACAUUAUGCUUAUUCUAUCCUACCUAUACCUUUUGGUUUCAAUUGAGCAUGUCUAUCGAUAUAGCCUGUCACUGGAUAUAUUUACACACGACUCUUUUACAAGGAAAGACCAGUCACAAAUUUAUCGAUAUGUCUGAAAAUCCAAUUAUGAGACUAUAUUACACAAAUCGCAUAGUAUUAUUCUUCAUGUGUGCUGGUAAUGAAGCAUUUUACGCUGGUUUAUACCUCUUACACUUUACUGAAGGACCUAUCUUGGCUGGUAUUGGUUUGUACAGAUUAAUUGUGUAUAUAAGUGCUCCUGUAGCACUUGUCAAAGCUGCUAUUUCUGUACUACAUGGAUAUGUUUCAUGCAUCAAUUUGAGCAUCAUUGAUGUAAAAGAGCGUCAAGAGCGACUCAAAGUGAAUUAAAUUUUUUUAUGUAUAUACAUUACUUACUAGUCAAGUUGAAUGUGAUUUACAGAUCUUCCUAUUCCGUAAACUAACAUAUGUACAUGUUUACAUAUUUCCAUGUAUAUUUUUAAACAAAGAGAUAUUUAAAACUGCAUGACAAA